AAAAGGCACGGUGCCAGGUACGAACGACCUUGGAGUUACGAGUAUAAAGUGAGACACAAAGCAAAGCGAAAUAUUUUCAACCGUCAAGUUCAUCUCGUCCUCGUCCUUGCCCUUAACCCUGAGCUGUGCAGGUCUUGGGAGGAAGAAGACUGCCCUGAAUAGAAGGACACGGGAAGCUGUGCAGGAUGUUGCCGCAUGACGACAGAUGAUAGAGACAUUCAAGUUGCCUCAGAUGUGCUGGUGUGUCGAGAAUCCCACACCUACAGCAGGAAGAUGUGGUAGCAAGUCCCCCACAUCCCACACCUGAUACCCGUCCACACCUGCCGUCCAUACCUUGUGAUACUGACCUGUGAUAAUGGGUGACCUCAUCCGCCACCAUGAGAGUGUGGCGGGCCUCGUGGGUCACCCUCUGCGGCAGCCUGCACCGCCCCGGCAUCGAUGUGGACCUCCGGGCGGGAGAGAACAUGUCCAUCUUGGUGUCAUCGCUCACCAUUGCGACGCAGAUGGCGUUGUCGCACGUCAUCCGCGGCCGCCUCAGCGAGAUGCUUGAGAAUGAGAUGCUGAAGGGCUGUUUACUGGAGCUGAUCGCCGCCGCUGAAAUGUGUGGCACUUGCUUCGAGCUCAUUAUCAUCGCUGAUAAUUACGGCGUGUGGGCGUACGGCGUGUAUCUCUUCCUCAUGACCAUCUGGUGGGGCCAGUCGUGGGGCUCGGCCACCGCCUGCCCCUACAGCCUGCUGGAGGAGUACGUGGAGCAGGGAUCCAACCCAGUCCACGUGGUGCUCAAGAUUAUAUCGCAGGUCAUUGGCGGCCUAGUCUCCUUCAGGUGGGUGAAGCGGCUGUGGAUGAUGGAGCUGGCGGCCACGCACGUGGGGAGAGGCAUCGAUGACUGCUCGGCUGACCUGCAGGUGCCUGUAAUAUUUGGUUUCCUGAUCGAGGCCCUGCUCACCUGCGCCUGUCGACUCUUCUCGAGAGCUCUGGGUGAACUCGAGCCCAAGUUUGCUUCUGCUAUCGACUCCUUCUUUGCCACCUCCAUGGUGAUCCUCGCUUUCGACUAUUCUGGCGGCUACUUCAACCCCGUGCUGGCGACGGGCCUUAAGUGGAACUGCCAGGGACACACCAACGCCGAGCACAUCGUGGUUUACUGGGCCGGCUCCAUCCUGGGCGCCAUGCUGUCACUGCGGCUCUGGACCGCUCCCUCCGUCAAGUCCACCAUUGUCACGCCCUUCAAGCCCAAGCAAGAGUGAACACGCACUGAAGAGAACGUUUCGCAAACUUUUCCUGCACGGGUUAUGGUCGGCACACAGAAGACAUACUGAUCUACUUCUCUUUCAGGAAGAGGACCAGCAGCAAGUCCUUCCCCUUCUCAAUACCUCCCACUGCUGCCCAGGUACUCCGCGGCGGCUGACCCUCUCAGGAGUCCCGCCUGGCUUAAGUCGUCGCAACAACUUGACAAACCAACACACACAAAGUAAACCCUUCGAAUUAAUCAAUUUCCCUGCACAAUAUUUUCCUCAAGAAUAAAACAGACUGAAGGCGUCGUCAUCGCACAUCCCUAACUGCCCACACGCACACACACGAAUUUAGCAGAUAUUUUUAGUUUCCAAAGCACUACAAUAUAAUUUGAAUCUCCAGCUUACUGUCUUCCCUUUAUUCGUUGUCUUACUCAAGUGCAGAUCUGUUUAGGAUGUAGAACCAAGUUUUUCAAAGCACUGCAUGGAAUUCGAAUCUCAAGUCUCCUAUCCUCUUUUUAUAUGCUCGUAUCUUCCCAGAAUAUAGUUUUGUGUAGGAUAUAAAGCCAACCUCUCAGGGCAGGAAUCGAGCAACAUGUAGGGAGACGCCGUUCACCCAGCACAGCGGCACAAAGAUCCUUGAGCGUAUGUAGACAAUAUUCCCAGUUCCGUGGCCACCAUCCCCAAGGCCACAGGAUUCCCUCGACCGGAACAGUUAUCACAGUGUUGACAGUUGACAGUAGGCAAAAAAAAAAAAAAAAAAACUUUCUUUUAUUAAUAUGUGUGUGUGUGUGUGUGUGUGUGUGUGUGUGAGAGAGAGAGAGAGAGAGAGAGAGAGAGAGAGAGAGAGAGAGAGAGAGAGAGAGAGAGAGAGAGAGAGAGGUUUUUGCUUAGUUUAGUUCACCCUUUGCUCAAUUAUUGUUUAUUGGACACCAGAAAUGCAAUGCUUCCUUCCGUGCCUUCUGUGAGUAUAAUGAAAAAAUUCACAUCACCGAUGAAAGACAAUAAUUAUUAUUUUAAGGUUAUUUAUUGAUGCUCUCGAGUUGGAUAAUUUUAAGCAUUCUGUCAAAGUGAAAGUAAUACAUUUGUUUAUCAUUUCUAUCCUGUUAAAUAAUUCUUAAGCUUUCUAAUGAAAGUAAUAAAAAAAAUACUUAUUUAUUCUAUGCUGUUGAAUAAUUAUUAAGGUUUUGGUUUACUGAAAGUGAUAAAACCACAAAUUUACCCGCAAAUAUAUUAUGGAAAGAUUGUAUAUAUAUCAGUAUUGUUCAAAGUUUAACAGAAUAGUAAAGAUACGAAACACGA